AUGAAUCGUCCCGUUAAUUCUUCCACUGAUGAUUUUUUUGACAUGCCUACUCGAGAUUCGUCACCUCCAUCUCCUCAUUCAAAUCAUCAUCAAACUAAUAAACGUCCUCCAACCACGAUGACAAAACCUCGCCGACCUCAUCGCUCAAUUACAACGUCAUCGUCUUCCUCUUCUUCUCGUCAUACGUCGCCUGAAGACGGACGAAGAUCUAGGCAAAGUGGAACAAUUAACAAAGCAAAAAUAACAGAACAACAACAAAGAAGAUCGAAACCAUCAAAUCAUCGAAAACAUUCUUCAUCAUCUUCCAGUUUAGAGAGACCACCACCGGAAGAAACAGAUCCAAAACCGCUUAGUGAAGUCAGAAUUACAGCAAAACCACCCAUGUAUAGGCUAAAUAAAGAUCCAUCGGAUAAUGAUGAUGAGAAUGAUACAAGUUCAGAAUCAGGCACAAAAGUUGGUGGUGGUGAUAUUACUGACAUAUCUCCAAUGCAAACUCCUCAUUAUCGAAACAAAUCUCAAAACAAUAGCAAAACAUUUGAAUUAAACUCAAUGAUGAACGUUUUAUUAGGAAGCCAGAACGAAAGUGGUGAGUACAAAACGAAAGACUAUCUAAAAACUAGAGGACAUAUUUAUAACACAAUACUUUUAAUAUCACAACAUACUUCUGAAGAAUCAAUUAUUACUUAG